GAGAGAGAGAGAGGCAGGGAGAGACAGAGAGGCAGGGAGAGACAGAGUGACGAGAGAAGAGGACGCGUGCCACGGAUUGCGCUCCGGGUCUGCAGCGAUAUCAUCACCAUCAACAUCACCAACCAACAUCACCGCCACCACCACCGCUACCACCGCCAGCAUCACCACCACCACCACCACUGCCAUCAACGCGUCCGCUGGGUUUUUUAUAUCUGGUCGUGAGCGGGAGUUGCCCGCCUUCCCCCUCCGCCCGUCCAUGGCGCAGCUUCCGCAGCUGGAAGCGGAGAGGGAGGCGCUCGGGUCCGGAUUCGUGCACGCAGCGCGACUCCUACAGCGAGCAGAGAUCGACCGAGUUCAGAACGGCGCUGCGGCUGCUGUGGCUGCGGCCGCUGCUGUAAUCACCACCGCCGCCGCCACCACCGCCACCACUGCCAUGCCGCCGGUGGCAGCGGCACCGGCGGGGGACGAAGAUCGACGCUACCGAGACGUCGUCAGCAACCAGAACAUGAAGCUGUGCGAAAAGGUGCUCAUCCCGGUCAAGCAGCACCCUAAGUUCAAUUUCGUGGGGAAGCUGCUUGGACCCCAGGGGAACUCCCUGAAGAGGCUGCAGGCUGAGACGGGCACCAAGAUGUCUAUCCUGGGCAAGGGCUGCAUGAGGGACAAGGCCAAGGAGGAGGAGUUGAGGAGGGGCGGCGAAGCGAAGUACGCUCACCUGCAGGAACGUCUGCACGUCCUCAUCGAGGUGUUCGCUCCCCCCGGGGAUGCGUACGCGCGCAUGGGCCACGCGCUGCAGGAGGUGAAGAAGUUCCUCGUGCCGGACUACAACGACGAGAUCCGCUUGGAGCAGCUGCGGGAGCUGACGUUCCUCAACGGCUCGGCCGAAUCUCCGGCCACGCCGCCGAGGGCUCGGGGGGGGGCCGCACCCAAGGGGGGCUGCGUCCACCCGGUGCCACCCGCCCUCCCGCCCGCCGCCAGGGGUCUCGGCAGUGCCCCUCGCCUGCGGGCUGCCCUGGUGCCCAGGGGGGCGACGCUACCUGGGAGGGGGGCAGUGCCGCUCGUUCGCCCUGGCAUUGGCCGGCCUCCCCACCACGGCCGCCCCGCGCCCCGCGUGCCUCCACCUCCGCCGCUACCGCCCAGAGCUGCCGCAGCAGCGCACGUGCCGGACCCCUACGCGGAAUACGCAUACAGCGAUGGCUACGAAGCUUCCUACGAGGACUCGGCGUUCGACGGAUACGAGAGCGACUACGCAAGCGGGAGCCAGAGCACCCUGGACUACUACGAGUACGAGACGUGCACCAGGGAGGAGGCCUACCACACGUACGACGAGGAAGACUGGAGCGAGACGGGCAACCACAUGAAGGCCCCGGCUGUGCGGACACCUAAGGGGGCCUACCGGGAGCACCCCUACAACCGCUACUGAUGAUGGCACGGCGUGCCUCGCCGCCGCCGCCACCGCUGACCACAGCGCUAAAUCACAGAAACGUAAAGGGGCCACAGGAAAUCCUUCACAGGUUUAAUCUCUUUGUGUUCGACGCCGCAAUCUUAAUUUCCUCGAAUCUCCGCGAUCAUAAACAGAUUUGCGAACGAGCGGUGGAUCGAUACGCGUCGGUGCUCGCUGACGUGGCUGGCCGUUGCCACGUCCUGAUUUAGGCGGUACAGGUAAUUGAUUAACGAUCCUCUACCGAGGAGGAGGUGGGGGGAGAGAUAACACUAGGUUUACGUGAUACGGACCGUCGGUUGAGUUGUAUUUGCAUUUGAAGUUGUAAUAUGAAAAGUAGGUUUAAAUUAUUUUUAAAUUAUUAUAAGAAGUGCAGUUUCACUUGGUUUGUAAAAUAAAAACACAAUCAUGUAAAUUUUAUUUACUUAAUGUGCAUAUUCAUCUUCUGUUUUUUAUUUAUAGUAAUAAUAAAAAUGUAUUAACUUACCAAUGGAAAGCAUUAAAUUAAGUCUCUCUCUCUGUACCAAGUCUAAUGUUAAGAUGUUUCAAAAAAUCAUGCUAAAGUGAUUUUUUUGUAUAAAUCUCAUAAAAUAAACCGUGUAACACUGCAUCAUACUAAUCGACCAAGCUGACCUGCUUUGGGAAGGCUUCCUGAAGCCUUAAAUGAUUUAACCCGAGUGUGACUUCGUAAAAAAAGGAAAGAAAAACAAUGUAAAUGGCAAUAAUCUUUGUGUAAAUCUGAUGAAAAAAAAUAAAGACCCCUUGAACUCUAUAAAACAGUGUAAAAGCUCAUAAAUGAAUUUAACCAUAACUCAAAACACAAAUAUUUUUUAUUUAUUUAAAAUGUUUCAUUAAGUGUAAUGUGUUAAUGUUAUAUAUGAUAAAAAAAGUUUUAUUUUUCCCUUCCCUGUUUAAAUGUUGAUUAACUUUUAAAAAUGAAUAAAAUGUGACCCGGUCACUUGGCUAUUACUGUAAACCUGCUUAUUUUAAACGGACUAAAAUUUUGGUUAAAAAAAUCUAGAAUUAUUAUUUUAAAUCGCAAACAAAAAAAACCCAUUAUAAAUGUGCCUAAGUUCAAUAUUUAAAUUCCAUUCUCUAUCCAUAUGUACAUUAUAGCAUGACAACAACAAAUACGUUUAAUACCGUUCCGAAUUGUUACAAAAAUAACGUACAUGUGAAAAAAAUCCAACCCGACUAACUCCACCAAUAAAAUAACCAGGUUUAGAGUAACAUAUAUUUAAAAUAUACUUAACGGCUCUUGUGCGAAGUGCUUCCCUCCUUCUGCGAAUGUGUUCUGUGUAUGAUUUUUAGCAGCGAAACGAUGGGUCUCUAUUGGCUAGCGCUAACGAGCUGAGCUCGCACACAGCGGCUUGCGUGUACGGCCGACAGCUGUGAAGGACAAUCAGUCGUCGUUUUUAAGGCCCUCGCAAAAAAAAAGCUCGAGGUAAUUCUGCAGUUAAUCCACGGCCACGACCCCUUUCCCCUCCAGGUAAUCGUAAAACUCCACUCACCCCAAACAUUACCCUUGUCACUUAAUUUGGCGAAAUUCCAGCCGUGGGAAUUAAAGCAUCGCGGUUCGAAUGUCGUGCGACAAACCUCGCUGUCGUGUUGUCGGAGCGAGUGGCAAGUGGCUUGCCUCCUGCUCGGUGUGAACCCAGGAGUCACUUGGAAGGGAUGUCGGAGGUAGCUCUGUGGUGUCCACUUCCGUGGGCAGUUCUCGCAUACGUAGGGGGCUUGACUGCUCUGCUGAGAGCUGUGAAUUAAUGCUUCUUAACGUGAUGUGACGCCUAACGUACAAUCGACCAGGCUAAAAUUUUUUUUGGGGGGGGAGGGGAAAAUGUCAACAAGUCACGCGUAAAUUAAUGGACAAAACAAGAAAAAUAUAAGAUAUUUAACGUAAAUCCGUACUGUAAAUCGUGCACAUAAUUGAUUUAGCAUUCGAGCGGUGCCCUGUGUGGGCUGUUGGGACGACCGUGCAGCUACGCACAAAAGACAUUUGUGAAUAAAUAGUGUAAACCCUAACCUACAACAAAUUAUAUUUUCGGACCGUACAAAAAAUAUUGCUUGUAUAAUGGCUUUAUAAUAAAACAUUAAAAUGAUAAAUGCUGUUUUAAACGUAACGUGACUAUCACCACGGAUCGUUAAAUGACCAAACUCAUUGUUCUUAAACUCUCGCUGCUCCCUCACCUAAAACGAUCGCACUUAAAAUAAAUUUGCGCAAAUGAUCUGACGAUAAACCGCCGACCCAACAUUUGUAAUAAAGCCAGAAUCAUAACGCGUUACUAACUCCGCAUUCCCUUCAUCACGUUUCACAGUGUACACACGACUUCCAUUUACAAUGCCACUCCACGUGCCCUGCGCAUUAUCAAGCAUAACAAAGGCUUAGAAUUAGGUUACAGAUGUGACAUAUACUUAAUCAAAUACCCCAAAAUUUAAAGUAAAUUAUAUUUGUUAUUAUUAUCAGCUGGGACACCUUCCCCAUCUCAUGCCGUGACCUUUGCGUGCAUUAUAUAUUUUUCAUGAUACACUUUUUUCGUUGGGUUAGAUCACGUAAAUAUAAAUUGUGUCGUUAAACCCGCCACCACCCGACACGGCCAAUGAGUAAGGUUUGUCACGUGAACAAAACGGUGUGUUGGAGAAUAAACCCACAACAUUUAAAGUUAAAUUACUUAGUGACGUUUCGCUGGCGAUUAUAUAUUUUUUGCGUUCACCUCGGCCGCGAAUUAUUAAUACACUAAUUUUGUUAAAAUUACAUUUUACAAAAAAUCAUAGCCUUUUAAUUUCUAAACAACGAGGGACAUCUCCCGCGUGCAUCUUCUCUCUCCGACAACGCCGGCGCGACCUAACAGAGGGCCCAACUGUGUCUCUCCGCAGGUGACCCGUGGGCUGCCGCCAACCCCAGGGGCACGAACCGCUCGCCCUGUCAGCCGCUCGACUGCCACGGGGGACCCUGUAUACGGAAGCCAAAGACGAGACAGUGGAGAAACAAGGACGGGCUGUGGAGCCGAGUGGACGCGCACGCUCCCAAGGUUUCCCUUCGGGCCGUCGCCGCGUGUCGCCGUCAAUGCGACGGAAAAGAUAACGGGGAGAGCCGCGUGGGACACGACGGUGGUGUCACACGUGUCAGACGUGUCACUCGCGGAGGUGACGAUUGGUGCCACGAUAAUGCAAUCGAGGGUCCUGCUACACUGAGUUGGCCGUCCAAUUGCAUCCAUGGGGAUUUGUCUUCACGUUGGGAAACGUUGGAGAACGCAGAACACCAAUCAACAAAGAGGACGGUGACACUCAGCACCGCCAUCUCCUGGAACACCCCUCGCUGCCCCACGCCUACAACACCCGGCAAGCCCUGGGAACGUCAUCCCGUGCUUACCAUCGCAGGGGUCAGCAACCUGCACCUCCGGCGCAGCAUGUGGCUCUUUGGCUGCCCCCUUGCGGCUCUUAUGACUGCCCCCUUGUGGGCAGCCGUCUUUUUUUUAUUUUACUGAUUUUAAUUUAUUCGGUUAUUUAUACUCUAAAGCAGAAGUCGGCAACACGUGGAUCCCGAGUCGCAUGCGGCUCUUUAAGGGCCGCUUCGUGACAGUUAUUGACUAAGGACCGACCGUCUCGUAUUCACCACACACAGUGCAUUGCGGCUCUUUAAAUAUUGAGUUUAUAACCGGAUUCGAAGCAAAAUGGUUUUUCGUGUUAUUUUGGUUAUCGACUCCUGAACUAGACAAAUGCACAGGAAGCAUAUGGACACAGGUAGACAGACGGACACAGAGACGGAUGAACUGUAACCAGAUAAAGGCCCAAUGAAUGCAACGUGCAACUCCUUUGCACUGGAGAUAAUGGGAGAGACAUACGGAUUUCAAAUAAAUCACCGUAAUAAAAAAAAAAGGAAAAACGUCGACGAAACAAAAGGAAAAAUGCGCGUAUUCUUAAAUACAUUUCACGGUGCGUUUGUGGCCCAGCAGAAGCAACUGAGUGUCAACGACGAGGGGCAGCUCGUGCCCUCCUGCGCCCCGUGGCGAGACGAACGCCGAGGCAAACCCUCGCGCAUGUGUGGAGCGACUUUUCAUCUCCGCGGUUUUCUGGGGCAGCGCUUUGAUCAACGUGGAAGACUUUACAAUAUGGUAAUCCCCGAGUAGCAAAACACGACCGAAACACUCGAAUGUCACUCAAGUUGUUGGAUCAUCUUAACAGGUUUUUAUCAUGCUUCCCGCCCCCCCUCUCGAACAGAGCAAAUACAUUCAGGCUUUCAACCUCGCUUGAAAAGCGUUGAAAAUUGAAAAUAACCAAAAAGAGAAAACAAAACAACAACUAAAACCCAAGCCCCCCCUUUGUUGUUUGAACCCAGCACCAUUCGUCCGCGUGUACCCAGGACGAAGAUGGCGCAUGCUGAAUGUUCUCAUCCUCCCUGGCUCCGUAAUUUCCUGCGGCGCCACGGUGCCUCCGUCAGCAUAGAUCCUCUCCCCCCCCCCACGGCUCCUAGCGACCCCUGGGGGCUGAGUGCUCGGCCCCGUCGCCGCUCAUCACGAAUUCUGCGGACAUUGCGGUUCCUUGAGCUCGCUCCGCCGACGCCACGGACGCCACUGACGGCGUCGACAGUCGGAGCCAGGAGGGAGAGACGCCGCGCGGGUGGCCGAGACGGGCGGCUGCGGAUGUCACAGAAUGGCAAAGGUGCGGCCCUGCAAUUACUCGCUCACGCCACUGCUGACGGAAGGGCAACUUGCUAAGACGGAUAUCUACAGAGCCACAUCUUUGGAGGAUAUUUGGCCUGCUCUUGCACGCCGGUCAGACGUCUAGGAAGAGAUGGGAAGCAAAGUCAAAGUUGUUUCCUGCUCAAAUGAGCAGUGAAGCGGUGCUCAAAUCUCCCGUGUGCAGCAAAGUGCCGGCGGUGGGAAUUCCACUUUCCUAUGCCGGUCACCGGCAUAUCUAUAGGAUAACCACUGUUGAAUAGCCCACAAAUUGGUACUCAUUCUAUCGACCGACGGAGCCAUGAAGAGCUGAGCCAAUGCCCCACCCAAGACAAUCUGGGCGUACCCACAUUUGCUCACUGCCACGGUCUAGGUUACAUGCGUGGCAUGAUUGUUGCCUUUGCAAUUGCGGCAGCUAAACUCAGGAACUCGUUGUCCCAUCGAGGUCAGGGGACUUCCGAGACUUCAAAUCUCGACAAAAAACGUGUCUGUUUAAAAUGGCAUUUUCUCUUCAGUUAUUUUCAAACGUCUUUCGAACCCCUUCUUCCCUCGGUUGAUGUUAAACUAUUUCCACCUGGCCAUGCAUAGCGUCAUUGAGAACGAUUACACU